AUGUAUUCACCACUCAACGUCUCCCGCAAAGAGAUACGCUUACUGCAUAUCCACCCUGCUGCUUGGAAUGAUGGCAUAGAAUGUUAUAUGGAAAUCGUAUCUUUGAAAGAUUACCCCAAGUUUCAAGCCAUCUCAUACGUAUGGGGCGACACGACAAAUAAGCUAUCCAUCACGGUCAACGGACAAGAGCUGGCGGUAACUCAGAACGUAGUCACUGGCCUUCAAAGACUCCGCGCUACAGGAGAGACUCUGGCCCUCUGGCUUGAUGCAGUGUGCGUCAAUCAAUCGGAUAUUCACGAGCGAUCCGAGCAAGUGCAGUGCAUGAGGGAGAUAUACAGUUCCGCCAACGAAGUUUUCAUCUGGCUAGGUUACGGUCGCGACUCGCGUUCUCCCUCGGAGCAGCCAGAAAUUGUCCGAUGGACUGGCGAUGACAGAGAUUUGGAAAUUGUCGACUCGUAUUUCAAGCAAGGGGUAUUGCAAAAUGGCUCAAAUGAAAAGGACAAAGAAACCGAAGACGUCGUCGGCCUCUUCGUCUACAUGAAACUUCGAGCUAUGGACAAACAUGUUCAUGAAAUACCUUUUUUUGAUGUUCAAGGAGGUAAACUACAAACGGGAAAGACAUGGUUGGCCAUCAUCCAGGCUAUGCAUACGCUGAGUAGCCAUCCUUGGUGGACGCGGAUUUGGGUCGUCCAAGAAACGAUACUCACUCGGAAAGCAACCGUCUUAUACGGUAACAUUACUGUACCUUGGACUCUGGUUGCGGAAUCUACCCGCGCUGCCGCACGCCACAUUCAUUGCUGCGGCGAUCUGCACCAGGCACGGGGGGGUCGCGAACUGCGCGCCAUUGUCGAAUUAAGAAAGGCCAGGUACGACGAUCUGGAGUGGCUGAGGGCUGCAAGAGCACAAAACAAAAAAUUAAGCCUAUACCAGGUCAUGAGUCGAACACACUCACGCAAUGCAACAGAUGUCCGGGACGAAGUGUUUGGGGUACUAGGAUUGGUCACUGACUGGUUUGGUGAACCGCCUUUGAUUUCCGACUACGACUUGUCCCCCAGCGAAGUCUCUAUGCGCGUAGUUACCAAGCACGUCCAGAGCACUCUUUCCUUGCAUAUAUUGAUGGGUACAACCCGAACUGGUAUACCUGGUGUGCCAUCCUCAGCAACUGGCUAUAGAAUUAACCGCGCAGUGCUAUUUUCUGCAGCGGGCGGUCACCCAGCCAGUGUUAGACGAGAGGCCAAUGUCUUGAUUACAGACGCCUUCGAACCAUCUCUCACCCUUUCGCAAGUGGGCUCAACCUUUCCAGGAAAUCAUGAUUGGCGCGAACUAAUCGACUGCAUUACAUCGUGGCGCCAUAUGGUGCGACUGGAAACUCCAAUGGAUCACACUCUUGUCUCAAAGAACCCGCAAAAUAAGGCAUUCUGGCGUACAAUUACUAAUGACUCGUGGCAACCACAACGCAUGAAUUCAGUCGACAUACUUUCCGCCCAACUUGACUUCAGUGGUGAGGUAUUCACUGCAUACCGACGAUUUGGCGACACCGAUGUCAGCCGUAUAGCAGAGAGCUUCUGGGACUGGGCUCAAUCCAAGACGAAAGGCGACUUGAAGAAAAGCGAAGAGCAUACUAGCAGUAUGAAUGAGAUCAAAGCGUUUUACCGCUCUCCAUUGGGCGCAACACUUGACCGGCGAUUUUUCCUCGCCAGCAAUGGCUGCAUGGGAAUGGGUCCGCCUGAGAUGCAACCCGGCGACAGCAUUGUUCUUUUUAUGGGAAGCACAGUACCAUUUUGUAUCCGGGCUAUGCAAGAUGCGCCUGAUGGUCAUUACAGAAUCGUCGGUGACGCAUAUGUGCAUGGCUUGAUGGACGGGGAAGGUGUUCCGAACGACUGUGAAGUGAAAAUUGUCUCAAUACAUAUCCAUUGA